CAAACUCAGAAUUUGCAAUACACACAAAACAAAACACUCGCACCUUAUAUUAUAACCAUAGUUGAUUAAGCUUAACUAUAUCAAAAUUAUUCAUGGAAUUUUUCACCAAAUCAAAACUCGUAAAUCUUCGAAGCCACCUAGACAAGUACUUAAUUGACGACAACGGGAAACUCCGUCAGAGCCGAAACGGAACCGUUAAAAGAGCUCAAUGGACGGUAGAAAAAGUAGAAGCAUUUGAAACUCAUCGCCACGUGGUGCGGUUAAAAAGCUUUAACGGAAAAUACUUAACGGCAACCGAAACGCCGUUUCGGUUAGGCGUGACGGGAAAAGCGGUUAUUUUAACGGAGUUAGAAGAAGGAUUAGACGGAAAAAACGAAUGGGAACCUAUAAGGGAUGGAUUUCAAGUCAAGUUUAGGAGUUACUGUGGUAAAUAUUUAAGGGGAAAUGGAGGAGCACCACCGUGGAGGAACAGUGUAACGCACGAUGAUUCUGAUAGUUCUGUGAGUAAGGGUUGUUUUCUGUGGGACGUUGAAACUGUGAUGGAAAAGGAUGUGAAUGAAUUGUUUUCUGAGAGUUUUUUGGCGUCUUUUGCUUCUGAUGAUGUUUCUGUUAAUUCUGAUACGGCGUCGCCGAUGUCUGUUUUCUCUCUCAAGUCGCCGCCGGCAAGACGGAACUUGCAGUUGCAGACAACAAAACCCACCAAGCUAAGAAACGGAAUGGACUUCUUCAGCAGAGCAAAAGCAGUACGUUUCAAAAGCCACCAUGACAAAUACCUUUUAGCAGAAGAAGACGAAGAAUCCGUAACACAACACAGAAACGGUUCCUCAAACAACGCUAAAUGGUUCGUCGAACACGUUCCCGAAUACGACAACGUUAUUCGAUUCAAAAGCUGUUACGGUAAAUACCUCACUGCUUCCGACAACCCUUUUCUUCUCGGCAUGACGGGUCGUAAAGUUCUUCAAACACUUCCUAAAACACUUGAUUCUUCUGUUGAAUGGGAACCUGUUAGAGAUGGUGUUCGUGUGAAGUUGAAGACGCGUUAUGGGAAUUUUCUUAGAGGGAAUGGUGGGUUGCCACCGUGGAGGAACACUGUUACGCAUGAUAUUCCUCAUAGGACUGUUACGCAGGAUUGGAUUUUGUGGGAUGUUGAUGUUGUUGAGAUUUAUGUGAAUAAUAAUGAUAAAGAAAGUUUGGAUCUACCUUCUGUUGAAUCCAACACGCCUUCACCUGGGACCAGUGUUUCUGCAAGCUUUUCUAGGCAACAGUCGAAUGAUUUGGUUGUUGGAGUGUCGCCCAAGACGACAGAGGGGCGAAUUAUAUACUACCACGUUGCCGAAGAUGAUGGAGAGGUGAGUGACGAAGGUGUGCAGGGAUAUUCUUUGGUUUUCAAAGGAAAUGGUGUUGAGGAAUUGACUAAAAAGUUUGAGGAAGAGACAGGGUUAGAGGGAAUCAUUGUGUGUACUCGUAGUCCUUUGAAUGGAAAGAUUUAUCCUCUUCGCUUGCAGCUUCCUCCAAACAAUGUCACUAUGCAGGUUCUUUUGGUUCUUCCCUUCUCAAAAGUGGCAAGAGAAUUUGAGGCACAAGGUUUGCUUUGAGAAGCAAGAUUUUGCACCACGUGUAUAUAUUAGAUACUGAUCCAAGUUCGUGAGAGUUAUAUUUGUAAGCAUUUAGGAUUUGAGAAUGUGUUAUAACUAAUAAGUUCGUACCUUGUACUAGUUCAUUGCAUUUAUUCAACAGAUUCAUAUGGAACUUGCUUAAAAUUGCAACGGAAAUGAAUUAAAGUAUAACACCAAUGGUCAUUUAUGAAUGAAUACUAUAGGCAAUUCUGAUGGUGGAUUUUAUU